AGUCAACGGGAAUGCGGUAACUGUUGGUAACAGAACAACGAGCUGCGCGCCAAGCCAACUCUCUCUUCGGUGCCACCGGCGGGCGAGGCCGGAUUAAUCACCGCUGCUUCGGCCGCCCGUUUGUCCUGAUGUCCUGGGACCCGAACCCUGUGCCCCAUGCCUUGCGAUGCUGGGGCCUACGGAGGGCGUCCGAAACUGCCUUACAGAGCAGCCGCCGGGCAGUUGAAGAUCAGCUAAAGAUAUGUGGCCACAAGAGGGAUGCUGAUGUUUUUGAGCUGUUCCUUUCUAAAAAGGAACUGACAGAGGUCAUUGAUCUUUCCAGGUUUAAAAAAUUAAAAUACUUAUGGCUUCAUCAUAACAAGCUCCAUGGAAUAACAUUUCUAACUAGAAACUAUUGUCUGACAGAACUAUAUCUAAACAACAAUGCAAUAUUUGAGAUAGAAGGCCUGCAUUAUUUGCCUUCAUUGCAUAUACUCCUGCUACACCACAAUGAGUUAACCAACAUUGAUGCAACAGUGAAGGAAUUAAAGGGAAUGCUAAAUCUGAAGAUCCUAAGUCUAUACCAAAAUCCUUUGUGCCAAUAUAACCUGUAUCGUUUAUAUAUCAUCUACCACCUUCCAGGAGUGGAGCUGCUUGACCGAAAUCAAGUUACAGAAAAAGAAAGAAGAUCAAUGAUUACCAUUUUUAACCAUAAAAAGGCUCAUAUCAUUCAAUCAAUAGCAUUCAGAGGAAAAGUGGAUGCUUCAUGGGAUCCUAAAUCACCAUUUAAGCAAAAACCAGCCCAGAGAGUACCUUCAGAUUUUGCAUUUGCAAAUAAUGUAGACAAAACCGUGUUUGAUGACCCAGAAGAUGCUGUUUUUGUGAGGUCCAUGAAGAGAUCAGUGAUGACUUUGACCUCUGUGAACUGGGACACAGUUCCAACACGAGAGGAAAGAUACCUUGAAGAAGAAGGCACAGAACCAGCUCAAAUGCUCACAGUUACACUGAGAUAAGCCCUGGUAUUUCUAGAAAUCUUCGUGGUUUUCAGUUGUAUAUUAAACUUCCCUGUGACUUAGCAUAUUACAUACUUA